AUGGGACGGUGGCGGAAACCGGCGAAGAGCGAGAAAUCUGUUGAGCCGCCAGAGCGUCGCCCCAGUCAUCGAGAGGCGGCACAAUGGAGUGCGCGAUUCAGUAUCGAUGCAGCCAUAGCUGUGGUGACCAUUAGUAUGUCCAAGACUGGACUCACCGAUGAAGACAUGGAAAGGUGGUGCGUUUGGGUGCGAGGUCAUCUAGCAUCCCAACGGCACAGCUGUGCUUUGGGUGUGGUGGACUUUGCUGAGAACAGGUUAACUGCAAAGGGCGUGCGCCAUUUGCUGGAGACUUUUCUAGACUUGCAACUGCCAAUGCAAGUGUUGAAGCUGCAUCACAACCGUAUCGCGGAAGGUUGGUGCUUCGCAGCAUAUUUACAGCAUGGUUGGCUACAUGAGUUGCAUUUAUCCCAUAACGAGCUGGAUGCAGAGGCGUCAGCUGCAAUUAUUGAAGCCGCCGUGCUGGCCAGUGAUGCCAGUGAUGCAUCGAAAAAGAUCUAUCCACGGAGAGUUGGCAAAGGGAAUUCCGCCCCGCUUUGGGUGCGGCUGGAGCAAAACUAUAUUGAUCCAAACGUGUUUUCUUCCAUUUUGGACGCCAAAUUCGGAGAUUCUGCCGGCAUCUGCUGCGAUGCUCGCAGCAAAUGGUGCACCCCUCACAACUGCGUCCAACAGGCUGCUUUUGCAGUACACCUCAAGAAUUUGUCUCAGCAGCGUCGACGAGGAAGUCAUGGUGAACGAACUGCCACUAUCGGCUCUACUGGCUCGACGACCCAAAAAGCUGAUGGCACAGAGUGUGCCCACGUCCUAUGCUUCGACUGGGAGAGAGGGGCCUGGGUGCCCGAAACGAUUGAGAUCCCAGCUAUAGACGCUGCUGCCACGACCGAACUGUCAGAAGGAUUGAAAGUCCUCAUCGGCGCAGGCAUGAGACCAACGACAGGGUCCGAGGGCCCUAGCGAUAAGCAGGCUUUGAGUCAUGAGGAAGGUCAAACCAUCGGUGCUGAUCUCCUGCGUUCCAUCCGCAACACCAAAUCGGCCACGGCCGCGCCUCCCACGGUCCCCACUCCCGCGGCACCUCCGCUCUCAGCCGUGGCCCCAGUGGCCGCGCCCGUCGCCGUGCCGCCGGCCGUGGCCGCUGCGCAGGCCGUAGCCGUCCAGGCUAUGGCGAAGCAGGUGGCAGCGCACGCAGCCCAGAGCUGGGCGGCGAAUGCCGCGGCCCACGCAGCGCAGGUCCACUGCGCCCGGUUGGCCGCGGCCCAGCUGGCCGCGCAAGCGGCACGACUGGACCCACGCUUCGUGGAGGAUCCAAAUGCUUGGCUGAGGAUCGAAGCGCCAGUGUUUCAACCUGGGGCCAGGUGUUUCUUCGCCACCUCGGAAGCCACCGGCACCGAAACCUCUGCAGGGGCAUCGGAUGAUACCGAGUCAUUAGAAGUGGCAGCUGGUCUCUCUACAGGUCCGGAGACGGACCCAGGUCUUUUAAGUACAGACUCUCCACCGUCAACACGGCGAAGAUCAGAGGAUCAAACAUCGCCAGCCGUGUGGUUAUCCAAAGUUGCACCCUUGCUGGAAGAGUUACCGGAGACGUCACUUUGGAGGAAGGAUGCCACAAAGUCCGAACCAGAGAGGACAGCCAGCAAAAACGCCACAGUUGCUGCACCACCAUGGUCCGCCUCGGUAGCAGCUUCACCAGGUCUUUCCAAGCAUUCGGAGCCAGUGGAGCCUUCGGAGCAAACAUUUGGACCGCAGAAGUGCUCGGUGAAUUCUCCUGCCCAAUGGUUGUCCACAGAAACCAAAGAUGUGGAGCCCAACUCCUCCGUUGCUGGUGGGAAAUCUUCUGCAGCCUUUUCUGCACCUCUACAUGUUUCACCAGAGCCAGUCCAGGAGACACAGGAGAAACUGGAUGCGAUUGAACCAGGUCUAUUGAAGUCGUCUCCGGCCAUAGCUGUACAGAAGACGAUGGAUUCGGCCGAUGCCGUGCCACCUGAGAUUGAGAAACCGCUGGUGGUGCAUGAGGAGAUUCCGGAGGUAACGGUGGAGGAGCAUCAUGAGGCACCAGACGAUUCACCUGAACUUCGGGCGCCGGAGGAGGGAUAUGAAGCAACACCCGAGGUGAAAGUUGAAGGAUUGGCCGUUGAAGCUGUGGAAACAAGUGGCGAAACUCACGAAAGUGCCGAAACUCCGGAGGCCAUUGAUCCAACCAGUGAGGCCAAACUUCCGGAACCAGUGGAAGCAGCGGAACCCGUGGAGCCUGCGGAAUCCGCGCAAGUCGAGGCCAAACUUCCGGUCGAUCCAGGUCCAACAGCAAAGACGGCUGAUUUCCAGGCUCGUGCUCGAGUUCACCAGGUCUUCAAUAUUUUGGAUGAAGAACACCGGACACGAUCUCGCAGCGAUUCUUCCCCACGAGUGUUGGAUAUUUGGAAGAAGACCCCUGACACGCCAAAUUCCACAGAGUCUCCCAAGCAAGGACAAUGUCACAUCAUGUAG